AUGCGGAUGCCCGCCAACGCCAACGCCAAAGCCGUCGCCGUUGCCGUCACCGUCGCAGCCGACAACCGGCCGGUCGUUGCCGCGGCUGGUGCUGCUGGUGCUGCUGUUGUUUCUUCACCCUCAGAGAUUCUUCAGCCUCCUCCUGCUCCUCCGCCUCCACUUCCUCCGCCCUCAGUCCCGUCCAUGUCGUUGCCGCUGGCUCGCCCGUCGCGCCAUGACACCGCCCAUGCUACCGGCCGCCUCGAACCUUAUUCCUUCUCUGUCAACCAUCCGCCGCCGCCAACCUACUACCGCCGCCUGGCUGCCGGUCCAGCUCCGGCUCCGCUGUCGGGUGUGCCUUCGGCUUCCACGCCGGGUCCUCCCGCUGCAACCGCUGCAGCCUCCCGUCAUGACGCGCUCAGAUUUCCUCCAUCGCCCUCGCCAACACCCUCGCAUCCCGCCACCUUCGGCGUCCUCGGCGGCAGCAACCACGACAGAAAUCACAGUAAUUCAAGCUUCGUUAGCAAUGCCAGCCAUGGCUAUGCCACUCUUACCCCGCGUUCCGAUCCCAAGCCCAGCCGCUGUUCCGUCAUGGACCUUCAGAAUGUGCUGUGCGACCCGGAUGACGAUGUGAACAUGUCUUCGUCGCGCUCGAGUCACCCCCCUACGCCCCCCCAUCUUGCUGAUGUACUUAACCCUCCCGCCUCGAGUUCCAUGCCCGCCUCUCCAACGUCGGAUUCCUUGGAGCCCCUGACAUUUGUCGCUCGUCCGAAUCCCUCUCACGUCGUCAUGACUACGAGGCCUCAAUUGCAGACUUCUCAACCCCAGCACGCGGAGCCUGGCUGCAAGACCUGUCAAAUUCGUAAGAUGCCUUGUGAUGAGGGGCGUCCCUCAUGCCAAAACUGCUCACGCAUGGGCAUCCAUUGCUUGGGCUAUAUUUCUCCGAGUCAUGCCAGCACCCAACAGGCGUCGGACCGUUCCGUGCCCAGCGUUAGUGCCAACGCCAGACGCCAGGAUCAGGAAGAGUAUCUCUUCUUCCUCCUUGAUCAUUACCGACACACCAAACGCCACUGCAUGUGGGAACUCAUCACCCUCGAUUUCAAUGAGCAUUUUUCGUGUAACAUGCGUAAGGAGGCUCUACAGAUGAUCAAACGCCGAAGAUUGAAGGACAAGGACACUCGGGAAGCUUCACCAAAUGAUGUCUUGGGCAAUGCGCAACGUCACAAGGUUAAGAGAGGCCGCCGACCGAAAUCUAACGUCCCUUCUCUGCAGUCAAAUGGGGAUGGGCACGGCAGCGAGUCUGCCGCCGGGUGA